GACACUAUCACCAUGGCAAUGUUGACCAUUCUUCUGCUUCUCAGUGCUGCCUUUGCACUGGGCAAUGCCUUAACUCUGGACGAAGCAAGUAAGAGAGUUCACCUCACACUUUACAUCAUUAUUUUAAAUGUUGUAGCAGAGGUGUGUGUGUGUGCAUGUGUGUUGAAUGACUGAUCUACAAAUAAUACUGAGUAGUUAUUUAUGAUGCCAGGUAGAUCAAUCAGUCUCGACUCACCUUUAAAGUUGGCUGCAAUUUGGAACACGCCCUGUGUCUUCUCCUUACAGAUUCUAUGGUGGCAUUUGCAGCAGAUAAAAAAAGCCCCUGCCCCAAAGGCUGGUUCCAGUUUAAUUCACGUUGCUUCAUGUUUGUCGAGACUAAAAGGACAUGGCCCGAAGCAGAGGUAUGAUGAUUACCCUCUACUGUGAAUUAAAGAAGUUCAAUUGAAAUCAACUCGCUUAUUUGGUUUGACGUUACCUUAAAGGUGAUUUGGUCUUAUUUUAACAGGCACCACAUGGAGGUUCAGUAUGUAAAAUCCUGAACCUCCCCUUUAAGUUGCCUAAUUUGAAUUUUCUAUAGGCUUUGCAAAAUGUAUUUAAUUUGUGGAGUCAGGCCUGUAUAUUGGAACCCACAGGUCAUGGGUUAAAACAGAGAUAAACUAAUAUCUCUAAGAGCCUAUUUAAAAGAACAUUAGUUGUGAUGGCCAAUAUUUGAUUGUGAGAAUUUGUGUUCUAGGACUCACAAAGACUGAACCACUGACUAAUACUUACAUUAUGUCUUUGUCCCUGUCUACUGCUUGCUUUAGCGCCACUGUAUGUUCCUUGGAGCAAACCUGGUGUCUGUGCAGAACACUGUAAAGUUCCUUGGAGCAAACCUGGCGUCUGCGCACAGCUCUGAGGAGUCCCAAUUUCUACAGGCGGUGGUGUUAAUCAAGACUGGCGGUUUCCCUCUUACCUGGAUUGGAGGAUAUGAUGCUGUUCAGGCAAAUGUGAUAAAGGUACCCAAUUGUCAUAUUUGAUCAAAAGUUAAAAUACCUUAAAAGAAAAUGACUCAACAGUUAAAGGUAUACUCUACCUGAACAGUUCAGCUAGAGUAUAAUCACAAAUUAAUAGGAUUUUUGUUAUACUCAUCAAUAUGUCAAGUCAGGGCCCGUACUCACAAAGUGUCUCAGAAAAUGAAUCCUGUUAAAACCUGUUUUAAGACAAACAACUCCCAACAAGAGUUUGGGGUGAUGUUUAAUAUACCGGUCAGACAAACUCUGAGCCAGGAGUAAAAUCAACUCAUUAAAGUUUAUCUCAGCUGGGAAUCAUUACAUUUUGAGGUACUACAAAGGAAGAAUAGUGAUGACGCUCUUUGACGUGUUACAAAUGAUGGGGAAUAACCAAUCACAAUGAGACUUCGCCACCUGGGAACUCUAUUGCAUACUUCAGACUACCAUGGCGAAUGUGACUUUACAUCAAAUGUUGCAAUGGUAAAAAGUUUGAUAUAAUUGUCGCCUGACACAAUCUCUUUGCGUUCUCUUAAUUAUUUCCUAACAUGUUGGGAUGCAUGUUUUGUUUUACCAAUUCUGAUAUUUUGAAUAAUGUCAUAGGCAUAUUCAGGGUUGGGGAGUAACGGAUGACAUGUAAUGGAUUACACAAACUGUAAUCCGUUACAUUACCAGAAAAAAAGAUUGUAAUCAGAUUACAAAUACUUUAGAAAAACUAGAUGAUUACUUCUAGGAUUACUUUUCAAUUCAGAAUGGAUGUAUUUCUGUUUUCUCAAUGACAUUCAAAUCAGCGUUGAAUAAAGGCUCAAGUUUAACUUUGUUCCGCCUGAGUGAAUCUGACUUCAAAUCAGAGACCACUAUGAUACCAAAUGUGUUUGAUGGGUCGCGGGAAAAGAGCAGGAAUAGGCUUUUUUAGGCUACAGUCCAAGCUGUGUCUUCCAAUGGUGCAACUGCUGUCGGCAUCCAAAGAUUAUCCAACUUGAAUAAAAACUUGGAAGUUAGGAUGACAGCAGUGGUGUAGCAUGCGGGAGAUACGGCUGUCACUUAUUUUGAUAAUAUUACCGUUAUAUCCACACACUGGUCACUCCUAUUUAACAAUUCUGAAUGGCUUUGGAACAGUAGGCAUCAAGUUCCUUUCCGAUAAUAUUGCAUAAAUGCUUGAAAGGGCUAUUAUUUUUACCGAACAAAGCCCCUAGAUGCUUUCAAUUGCCCAAUUUUAUAGGCAUGCCCAAUUUAGGCAUAUUUUUUAACAACAUGUUAUUCCGCUUGAAAAACAUGGUUAAUGAAAUAAUCGGAAAGAAAUGUGAUUAUUUAUUAGCCUAGUGGUUACGAGUAUUUAGGCAUAUCAUGUGAAUAAGGCCUCAGGUGAAAUCAUUGUCUAAAGCGCAAGAGAUAUUGUUGCUUGUAGGUCUAGAUUAUUUAUGAGGUCAGAUCUACUUUUGGAAGAUCUUAUAGAUGUACAAAAAAAGUUCACUGCAGUAUCCACUGACACACAGUGGCUUAUAGUGGGCUAGCAUAGUAGGCUAGAGUGAGUACUAUAGCAUCAUAAACCAUACAUUGUUUUAAUAUCGAAAAAUGUUUCCGUUUUAACAUUCUGGAAGUUCUGUGCAGUGAUUUCAGUUUAGAAUGUUGAAGCCAACAAACACUAUUUUUUCCCUUCAGACAUAUUUGCACGUGUGAUAGAAGGGCACAUUAUGUACUGGCAUUUUUUAACAUGCUGCACGACGCUCCUCAGCUCAGCAACAACAACAAUAACAAUGGUGGUGGGGCGGUCAGUGGUGCUGUUUCCCCUACUGCGGAUUCCAUCUUUAAACGGUUGUACAUUACUUGUAUGUGAUUUCUUUGAUACUGAGACCUCACUUAUUCCCCACAGGACAGGCUGUGGUUCUGGAGUGACGGCUCCAAAUUUGAUCACCAGAGCUGGGCGAAAAAUGAGCCCAAUAACUAUAACGGUGCCAGAGAGCCAUGCAUUCAGAUGAACUUUGGAGGUACAGUAAGCCCACUAUAAAUCACUGAUCCAUUCAUCAAAUUAAACUUUAUUCAUAGUAAGUUUAACAAAUAAAUUUGACACAUACACACUUUUAUUUUAUUUUUGUGUGUACAUCUGUGUUGAUUUGAGGUAAUUUCUAUUCCACAUUUCCUCUUAAGGUGAACACCGCUGGAACGAUGAAUUAUGUGGAAAGAGCUAUCCCUCUGUGUGCUCCAUAAGAACCUGUUCAAUCCGUCAAACUAUCAACUGA